CGUGUACAUCAUCAUCUUGUUUUCUCCUUUCCUAUUAUCUCUCUUAACGGAAGUUCUAGGGUUUCCUCCGAACAGAUCUUUAAUCAAAAAAUAAGAAGAAGACUACUGAAAUCAAGUUUUGUAUCUUUUGAUUCUUGAACUUGAAGUGAUCAAACAUUGAUUCUAAUCAUGGGUCAAUUUAGAAGAACAAAAUGCAAGAGUGGUGCUGCUAAAAAAAAGGCAAAGGCAAGAGAUGAAAAACUUAAGAAUUCUCUACGAGGAGCAAUGAAUAAGUAUUUGGUUUCAAAUAAUAACAUCCAUGAAGAAGCAAUGACUGACAGUGAUGAAGAAUGAGAAAGUUUGGUUACUAAGAAGGAAAUAAAUGGUGACUUGUUGGUGAAUGAUGAGAAUGCACAUAGGAAGAAUGAAGAACCAAUGGGGCAAGAAUUGUUACCACCAAAUACAAUUGAUAUCCAGCCAGAUGAAGAUCCAAACGGGGAAGAGUUAUCAUCAUCUGAUACAAACGAGAUUGUACAAAAUGAAGUUGAACAUGAAGAAUAUAGACCAGUGAAUAUCUAUGAUCCAGGAAAUUGGCGUAACAAUAUUAACCGAAGUUUGAGAGAUAUUUUGGUAAAGAAAGGUCCAAUAAGAGAAAUAGAUAAGAAUUUUCGGUUUCCUAUUGACAAAUAUAAUAGAUGCUACAAUGAUGAUCACUACAUACGGAAGAUGGAGAAUGGGGAAAGUUGGGACAGGAAAUGGCUAGUGUAUUCAAGUACAGUGGACAAAGUUUUUUGUUUUUGCUGCAAGUUAUUUAAACAAGAUGGGAAAAAGUUUCAGUUGGAUACAAAGGGUUCUAAAGAUUGGAAGAAUAUUACUGCUAAACAUAGUAGUCAUAAAACUUCUUUAAGACAUAUCAUAAAUCUUAUUAAGUGGGUUGAAUUGGAAAAUAGAUUGCUAAAGAAGGUAACCAUAGACAAGGAGAUGCAGGAACAGAUCAAGAAAGAGAAGGAUUAUUGGAAGCAAGUCUUGAUAAGAAUAGUGUCUCUUGUUAAAACUCUUGCCAAGAAUAAUUUGGAUUUCCGUGGAGAUGUCUACAAGAUUGGCGAAGCACAUAAUGGUAAUUUUUUGAGCUUUAUUGAGAUAAGGUUGGUGGUCUCACAGUUAAAGCAUUGUCAGAUACUCGAUGGGAAAUCCAUAUUGAGGCUAUUAGAGUAAUAAGAUUUCAAGCUCCCAAAAUUCAAGAGGCUUUACUUUACUUGUCAGAGUCCAGUAAGUUUUCUGCCGAAAAAAAAGCUGAAGCUUUUUCACCAUUAGAGUAUGAAUUUGAGAAUUUUGAAAUUAUAAUUGGGAAGGUUGUUUGGCACCAUCUAUUGCUUGUGGUUAAUUCAGUUAGUAAGUUGCUUCAAAAUAAGGAUAUGCAUCUCGAUACUGCCGUGAUGCGAUUAAAGAUGUUGUUUCCUUCAUUGACAACUAUAGAAAGACUGGAUUUGAGAAUUCGUUGAUUGAAGCUACAACGGUCGCCGCAGUAAUGGGGAUUGAACCUAUUUUUCCAGAAAAACGCAUAAUUAAAAGAAUAAGACAGUUUGAUGAUGAAAGUGCACCUGAAGAAGCACCGCCAUCAGGUAAAGAUUCCUUUGAAGUUAAUUAUUUCAAUUACAUAUUAGAUCAAGCUAUAUCUUCACUCAAUAGUAGAUUUAAACAAUUUCAAGAGUUCGCAGAAAUUUUUGGAUUGUUAUAUAAUGUUGAUCAGUUGCGUUCUCUUGAUGAUGAUAUCUUAAUGGCUUCUUGUAUAAUCUUGAAAAUCAUCUAAAACAUGGUAUGAGUUCAGAUAUUAAUUGGCAUGACUUGUAUGCGGAAUUGAAAGUUAUAAAAACUUAUUUUCCAGCUGAAACCAGUAAAGCAAUUGAUGUACUGAAUUUCUUAAAGGAUACGGAAGGUUGCUACCCGAAUGUGUUUAUUGCAUACCGAAUCUUAUUAACAAUUCCAGUUACAGUCGCCUCGGCCGAACGAAGUUUUUCGAAGUUGAAGUAAAUCAAAAAUUAUCUUCGGUCGACGAUGUCACAAGAAAGGUUGAAUGAGUUAGCAAUAUUAUCUAUAUAUUGAGAUCGAGAUGUUAGAUGACAUUGAUUUUGAUAGUACAAUUGAAGAUUUCGCGUUGGAAAAAGCGGGAAGAUCAUUUUUUAUUAUGAGAUAAAUGUAUUUGCUUUAUGUUUUUAGCCUCUUUUUUUUUUAUCUUUGACAGUGUUAUGUUAUAUCAAAUAGCUUGA